AUGGUGAACAGUGUGCCCCUGCUACUUGUGGGCUUCAUGUACGGGCUGAUGCAGUGGCAGGAUGUAGUGGCUCUAAGGAGCCAUCAGGGCCCUAAUAGUGUCCUGGGAGGGGCGCAAGGCGACGACAUGGAUGUCCGCCAGCAUGACGACUUCCUUGUGAGAGAACAUGAUUUGGGAAGAGUAGGCUGGUUUGCUCUGAACGAAGGUGCUUUUCCAGAAGACUGUGGGAGUGGACUUAGAGUCACAUACCCGUUUUCUUGGAAGCCAGUGCUCUUCCCAUAUGAUGUUUCCACACGCUCCGAGGCAUGGAUGCAUUGUCACAAUCCGAGCCACCACUUCUCUGAUUCUGGAUCCUGGUGGCAUGAUCCUCCGGACUUGGACACCAGAAAUUCCCCCUGGGAUGCAGCUGAAAUUUCUGCCUGGCAGAAGCACAUGGAAGAAGGUUCAGCCUUGGCUCCUCUGGAAGGAGCCAACAAAGAAGUCCUGCAAGCAGAAGACCCGGAACUAGAGGCCAUCAGAGCCAAAGUCCGUGAGAUGGAGAAGGAUGAUGAAUGGCUGCAGGAGCUGCAGAAUGAAGCAAAGUCCCUCCUGGUGAGGUCAGACCCAGGUCUUCCGUUAUCUAGAACAAAUGAGAAAAAAGUGGAGGCUGACCAGCGCUCAAUCUACGUGGGAAACGUGGAUUAUGGAGGAACUGCAGAAGAACUGGAGUCCUACUUCAAUGGCUGUGGACAGAUCAACCGAGUGACUAUCCUGUGUGACAAGUUCUCAGGCCAUCCGAAAGGGUAUGCCUACAUAGAAUUUGCUGACCAGAGCGCUCUCAAAGCAGCCAUGGAACUGGACGAAGGGACGUUCAGAGGCCGCAUCAUCAAGGUGUUGCCCAAAAGAACCAACUUUCCAGGGAUCAGCUCCACAGACCGUGGUGGUUCCCAGGGUCGCUUCCGAGGCCGGGGAGCUCUACCUCGUCAUGCCAGCUUCUGUGGAGGGCAACGUUCGAGGCCUCGUGGCAGAGUAUUCAGGGGCCGCGGAAGGAUGCCUGCUUGGUACAUGCCUUACUAG